AACCAACAUUAAGCCGGCUGCUGGUUUAACAGCUGUCCAGUGGUUUUGUAACUGGUCCACAAAAUAAUCCAAAAUAUAAAUUAAUAUACCGCUGUAUACAUACGAAAAUGAUGCGCUACGAGGGCAACGAGAGGCUGGCCGAUGAGACGGCGUGCGCGGGAGUGCGUGCGGAUCUCAAGAUGUGCCUCCUGGAGAGCGACUGCUGCAAAAUGGGCAAGACGCCGCGCCAGUGCCUCCAGGACAACAACGUUCCAUCUGAGUGUCAGGUGCUCCGCAACACCUUCUACGAGUGCAAGCGCUCCCUGUUGGACAACCGACAGCGCUUUCGAGGUCGCAAGGGCUACUGAGGUUUAAACUUAAAUUAUAUUUUUAAGCGCUUAAAAUACAAAAAAUUACAGACAUAAA